GUCAUUCAAUGAAAUUUCUCAAGAAGCACAAAGUGGGGGUGUCUCUCCUUGCAGGCAUCUGAUUCAGAGGCUGGCUCAGCAGACAGCCACUGGUGUUCUCCGUUACAGAAGAUAAGAUGGCCAGAGUUCCGGACCUGUUUGAAGACUACUACAGUGAAAAUGAAGAAUACAGUUCUACCUUUGACCAGCUCUGUCUGAAUCAGAAAUCCUUCUAUGAUGCAAGCCAUGGCUCACAUCAUAAAGACUGCGUGGAUCAAUUUAUGUGUCUCAGUGCCUCUGAAACCUCUAAGGGAUCAGGGUAUACCGUCAAGGAGAGUGUGGUGGUGGUAACAGCCAAGGGGAAAGUUCUGAAGAAGAGACGGUUCAGUUUAAAUCAACCCAUCACUGAUGAUGACCUGGAGGCCAUUUCACAUGACAGAGAAGAAGAAAUCAUCCAGCCCACGUCAGUACAGCCCAUAUCAGUACAGCCCAGGUCAGUACCUAUCAAUUUCAUGAGCAAUGUGAAAUACAGAUUUAUGAGGAUCAUCAAACACCAAUUCAUCCUGAAUGAUGCCCUCAAUCAAAGUGUAAUUCAAGAUAACUCUCAUCAGUACCUCACCACUGCUGCACUAAAUAAUCUGGAUGAUGCAGUGAAGUUUGACAUGGGUGCUUAUAAGUCAGCAGAGGAUUCUAAAUUGCCUGUGACUCUAAGAAUCUCAAAUACUCGACUGUAUGUGAGUGCCCAAGAUGAAGACCAGCCAGUGUUGCUGAAGGAGAUGCCUGAGACACCCAAAAUCAUCACAGAUGGUGAGACCAACCUCCUCUUCUUCUGGGAAACUUUUGGCACUAAGAACUACUUCACCUCGGUUGCCCAACCAACAUUGUAUCUCGCCACAAAGCAAGAUAAUCUGGUGCACUUGGCAAAGGGGCCACCGUCUACCACUGACUUUCAGAUACUGGAAACCUAGGCUUAGCUUUUAGUCUACUCACUUACCAAGUAGUGACAGACUGUAUGUACCAUGUACAUGAAGAAGUCAAAUCCUUUACUCUUAGUCAUUUGCUGAGUAUGUGCUUAGCCUUUGUAAUUCUAAAUGAAUUUUUUCCCUCUUUGUAAGAGAGGAACAAGGUCUAGUGGAACCAACAUUAAUGCAAUGUUGUUUGUUACUUAAAGAACACCCUAUACUUUGCACGGUACCAAUCAUUUUAAUUAUUAUUCUUCAUAACAAUCUUAGGAAAACCAGUGCUACUGACUAUGCUUACAAAAAGACUACCCAUAACACAGAUGGGCUGACUGAGGCAUAAGAAAACUAUAAAAUAAAUGCACAUGGUAGCAGUUGGAAUGAGAAGGCACAAACCUAGGAUUCUUUUUUUUUUCUUUCCUGAGGCUGAGUCUCAGUUGUCCUGAUAUUGAGUGCCCUAGCGUUAUUACUCACAGCAACCUCAAACUCUUGGGCUCAAGUGAUCCUCUUGUCUCAGCCUCCAAAGUAGCUGGACCUAUAGGCACCAGCCACAACACCCAGCUAUUUUUAGAGACGGGGUCUCACUCUUGCUCAGGCAGGUCUUGAACUCAUGUACUCAAGCGAUCCACCAGCUUCGGCCUCCCAGAGUACUGGGAUUACAGGCAUGAGCCAACAUGCCCGGCCUGCCACAAACCUGGGAUUUCAUUCCAACCAUUUGCCUUCUGCUGAUGGGCCUUUAAUCAAAUGGUAUGAGUUUCUAGGACCUUGAUUUUAUCAUUUUCAAACUGGAGGGAAUAAUACCUACAUCCUUGUUGUGUCAAUAUUUUUUUAUACCUAUCAGUGAGAUCAUUGUGGUCAAACACUUCUUGAAGCUAAGCCUCAAAAAGGAGGCAAAUGUUAUUUUUAAUUAUUAUUUAUGUAUAUGUGUAUUUAUAAAUAUAUAUUGAAGAUAACUAUAACAUUAUUAUAUUUAUGGCAGCUCCUUGCAUCCUCUGAGUGUGACCAGACAUCCUCAACAAGAGCAGACAGUGUUUGCCAGGCUGAGUGAGUUUCAUUUAGUUAGCAAAAGGGCACUUUGUUCCAAGUGAUGAUUUUUCCAUAUCAUGAAACUCAGAAUUGUAGUACUUGGGGACCCUAUAAUAAUGAUAAUAAAUUUACCUCAAUUACUUUAUUUGUUUGAAAAUUGGGCCAGUCUGUGACUCUUUUGUCCUUAUACUUGCCUUGACAUUCUUGUGUCUGUCAAUUGCAACUGAAAUCAAGUCCCACCAGCUAAAAUGAGAUGAACUCAACUUUGGCAGCCAUGAGACCAAUGUAAUCAAUGAUUCGUCUAGGUUCCAAAAUUUGUGAUCAAACCAUCGUGAUACAUUAUUAUCAACUAUCAUGAUUGAUACAUUAUUGUCCAUCAUAAUCGAACAAAACAACAAAAGUGAUCUGACACAUAGUUAUUUGUUAUCUUAAUCGUGAUUUUAUUUCAUGGUAAUUAAAGACUAAUGAUAAA